AAAAUUUCAUAAUCAUUUAAUAGUUUAUAUUAUAUACUAAAACUAAUUCUUCAAUUUAGUUAUAAAAAAACAAAUCACGUUGAAAACCGAUGGAGAGCACUCGGAUUGCGGCAAAGAGAGCGGCAGCAAGGAAAGAUAAUGGCUACAGACAGCGGCAAGGAUACAGGAAUGGUUAUGCAGGUGGCUACAGACAGCGCCAAAGAGACAGGAAUGGUUCUGCAGGUGGAUACAGACAGUGGCAAGGAGGCAGGAAUGGCUUUGCAGGUUAUACCGCACAGUUCUUCGGAGGGUCAACGACAUUCUUCUUUUAUAACUUCCCAGAGGAAAUGGAGGCAAAGUUUCUAUGGAACAGCUUUCAGAUGUACGACAAGGUAGUUGAUGUGUAUCUUCCGAGCAAAAGAGAUAAGAGAGGGAAGAGGUAUGGUUUCGUACGGUUAACAGGGGUCAAGGAUGUGAUUCAAAUGGAGAGGAGGCUGAACGAGAUAUGGAUUGGCUCCUACAAGAUAAGAGUGAAGAUUGCAAAUGACAGACAGAGGAAAGAAUCAACACCCAGAAAGGUUGAAGGCGUGUUUAAAGCUAAUGGAUCAACAUGCAGCAUGUAUAGAUUGGUUCAACCAGGGCAUUCAUACGCACAAGCAGUGAAGGGCCAAGGAAAAAGGAUGGAUAACGUAUCAGAACAGCUUCAGGAAAAGGUAAACGAAGCAAUCCCAGAAAAGGAAGGGGUCAAAACAGGGAUACAGGAGAAUUCUGAUGCACUAAAAUCACCCUAACAAGUGUACUAGUCGCCCCAAGUAAUAUAAUGAUGAAUAGAGU